AUGGGGAUGGUCAUGAGUUACAUGGGAGGAACAGGUGAGGGAAUAGCCUCCCAAACUUUAAGUCUUGUAUCUGGAGCACUCUAUGAUCAAUUUAUGAAGAAAGAAAUCAAAAACUUUGAUGCCUUCCACACUGCCAUUCUUGAUAUCUUCAACACUAUCAACAUGGCCUUGCCUGGCAAGCAUUAUGAUGUACCAUCAAACAAGGAAAUUGAGGACUUUUUUAAGCUAUGGAAUAAAUCAAAUGAAGAAGACAAGAACGAAAUUUUCACUGAUUUCAUGAUUAAGAAUGUCAAUAUAAGCAAAGUAGAUGAUUCUAUGAUGAUCACUGGAAUAGUUGCACCUCCAGCGGCUAUGGUAGCCAAAAGAUCAGGACAAUCUUUGCCUCAGCUAAGUCUCAUGAAAUCCAUACCUGAUGUCAUCUUUGUACCAACCGCCACGAUUUUGGCUCUCAUUGCGGUCAAAGUUACCAAAAGAAUGACACUCAAGAAAUUGAAUCCUAUUUAA